AUGAGCGCAAUCCCCUCGGCAACACCUCGGACUCGCAAAAAACUAACUCCAACGGAUCGUGCUGCCGUCGUUGCAUACCUACUAAGCGUCAGUAUCGCGCUACAGCCUCCGAAAGGCUCGAUUCAAGCUUGUGCGGCCAAGUAUGGCUGUAGCGACGACCAGAUCUCGUGUUUGUGGCGCCGAGCCGUUCAAGACAUCGAAGGAGGCAGACCCAUCAACUACGACAGCGGGAGAAAGGUAAAGAGUGGUCGCAAGUCGCGCAUGACAGAGGCAUUCCGCGAGGACCUCAACAGGUCAAUCGCACUUAUCCUCCUAGCGCUCUCGUUAAUGCAUCUUUGUAACGGCACCUUCAGCACCUUUCCUGUCUAA